CGUUUCCCUUACCUAAAUAGUAUUUUCGUAGUUAAGAUAAUCCUUUAAUCUUUCACCCCAUUUAUGGAAUAAGUAGUAUUAAUUUACUUUAAACAAUUUACAGCUUACUGCUUAUAGAACUUGAAAAAAAGAAAGAAAUCAACAAUGCAGAACCCAAAUGAAGACACUGAAUGGAACGAUAUAUUGCGUUCUAAAGGAAUACUUCCACCUAAAAAAGAAAAAGAAAUUACAGAAGAAGAUGUCAUCAAUCUUGUAGAACAGACAGUCCGUGAAAAACAAAAUGGAGAAAAAAAGGAUAUGGUUGAUAUGUCAUUGGAUGAAUUGGAUGAACUAGAAGAUGAUGAAGAUGAACGAAUACUAGAAGAUUAUCGUAGACGUAGAAUAGCUGAAUUAAAAGAACAAGCACGAAAAGAUGUUUUUGGUGAAGUGAUAGAAAUAAGUGGUCAAGAUUUUGUGAAUCAAAUUAAUAAAGCAGGACCUGGAAUUUGGGUAGUUUUAUUGUUACACAAACAAGGAAUUCCAAUUUGUGCAUUAUUGACUGAAUAUUUAAAUCAUUUAGCAAGAAAAUUUCCUGCUACAAAAUUUGUCAAAAGUAUUUCAACAACUUGCAUCCCAAAUUAUCCAGAUAGUAAUUUGCCUACUAUUUUCAUAUAUUAUGAAGGUGACCUAAAACAGCAAUUUGCUGGACCAAGAUUAUUUUCAUUAACAACAACUCAAGAUGAGUUUGAGUGGAUGUUGGGUCAAACUGGUGCUGUAAAAACAAAAUUGAAAGAAAAUCCUAGACCAAAGACUAGAGAUGUAUUAUUUGACAAUUUACUCACUAAUAUGUGAAGAAAAAUUGCUCAUUAUGUUCUUAAGUUAUAUUUAUAUUUUUCUUCCUUACUGUUUUACGUUUGUCAAUUUUUUUAUAACUAAUCAUCAU